GUGCAAGUUAUCACCAUCAGAGUGUCUGUAAAGACAUUUAUGUUUAAAAUAUGCAUUUAUGUUGCAUUUGUGUUUAAAAUCUGAAGGAAUUUUAAAGGGAAAUGGGGGCAGGCAGGUUGGUACAGUUCACAUGGUGCAUGAGAUGGGUACCUCAGACUGCAACAGGGAUGAAGUGAGGGAGAACUGCUCAAAAAUACCUGAAUAUCCUCUAAAUUAUAUUCUAUAAAGUUUCUUUCACAGCAGCAUUUGAUUGUAUCCAACUUACCUGGCUUUUGGGGAAAAAGGAUGUAAAUAGCAUGGAACCUGCCAAAUAAUUUCUGUGGAUAUCCAAAGCCAAAGAAAAAUCUGAUGUCAAUUGUUAUCUUGCUGUAAUUGUUAUAUUGCUUAUUAGGAGAAAUCCACCCUUGCUAAACACAGAUGGCAAAAAUAAUGCCAUUGCAUAGCUGGGCAUACAAUGCCUAGGAAUUGUAAAAUGUUCAACUGUUGUGCAACCACCUUGCCUUUAUAAAAUCCAUGCACACGUGAGUGUGGAAAGAGGUUAGUACAUGCCUGCCAGGCAAACUGUGAGUAGGAAGGAGACAGUUCAUUGGCCCGUUCAUUGGGCUUAAUGUUGUCCCCAUGUUAAUGAAUGGUGACAGGUGAGCUGGUUCACAUCUCUGCAGCAACAAGUCACUACUCAAAGGUUCUAUCCCCUGCUUUAUCUCACAGCAGCAGAGACAAAGGCAAAAAUUAUCAGAAGCUAGAGAGAACUUUUAUUUGAAAGAUUAUGUAGGGAAUGGUUUUCUCCAUCCUGGGCCUCGAGGUUGUGAAUUGCUGAGACUAAGCUUACACAGCAUUAGGUACUACUCUGUACCAGGAAUGCCCAAAGGGAAAAAGCACAUUAUUAUUUCAGAAUACAACUAGUUUGUUUCUUUGACAGCUUCCAGCAUAUCCAGUCUCUGUGUGGAGCCCCUGUGGGUGCUGUGAAGUCCAGACCUUGUCAAUGUGCCCAAAUGAGUCCAAGACCUACCAGCUGUGGGUGAAUUGGCACCAACAGGAUUUAGAUCUCAGAAGAAGCAUAGGCGGUAAGAACUGCAGUACAAAGGAUCUGUCACAGGUGUCAAGAGCACUUUUAGACCCCCAGAAGGGCCAAAUCUGGUAGGUGUACUUAGACCACACCUCACCCACUGGGACAGCAGAGUUUAGCGUAGGCCAAUUAAUUACUUUCACUAUUAAAUGCUGAAGAAGGGAGGUGCAAUUGUGUUUUGUGCAACAGUAUUUCCCAAUGUUCUUGCCUGAGUUGUAAGAAAGGUGAGACCUCUGUGCAUUGCCAUUUCCCAAGAGUGUCCCAAUUGCCAGGCAGUGCCUUUCACCUAAAUUUCUUAUUGAGAUGCACAUCAAACACCAUUAUCCAGAAGGAUAAACAAAAAGGAAUCUGAUUUUAUGCUUAGCAUAUAUAUAACCUUCUGGGAGGGAGAGGCAUGGGGACAUUGGGAAAUGGAAAUCCACAAAGAGUUGUUGGAUAAAAUGAAGAAACAGUUUGGAAGAACCAGAGAGAACAGAACAUGGAAUCAGCUGCUUCUGAUGUAAAGUGUAACACCAGACUCAAAAAUGAAGCUCCCUCCUGCUUAUUCUAAACAGUUUCUGAAGUCAGGUACCAAGCCUGAGCCAUUUCCUUUGCAUGUCAUGGACUAUGCAUGCUAAAGCCCUGGGGUUCUCUGUCUUUAGUUUCAUUUUAUUCUACAAUUCAAGGUCAGCUCAUCCCUUAUAUUAUUGUAUUAGUAUUUAAGAAAAAAAAAUCACACACUUAUUUUACCCACACUGUGAUUUUUCAGAAUGAGAAUCUGCUGCCUUCACAGGCUAAGCAGACUGCUAAAAACACUGUUCCCGCAGGUGACAUCACACGAGCUGUGCUUUACAGAUAUUUUUGCUUCAGGUUAAAUCUUAUCACUAAUUUUUUGUGUUUGGAAAAAUAUGUUAGCUCCAGAGGAAGAUCCUAGAGCUCACAACAGAACAGAAUGGGCUGCUGAUGUCCAGUCAGUGCUACUAACACUGACACCAUGAAGUUCAAGUCUAGUUUUCAUCAGCUGGAAUGGCAUUUCUACCUGGAAUGACAUCUGUACAUAGCAUCUUCCUGAAAAACAGAGACUGCAGCACUGCCAAGAGGCAGAUAAAAAAACCAAACAAAAAAUCUGCUGCUGCAGGAGAAGAGCCAUUGAGGAGGAUGAGGCAAGAACAGCUCUCAGACCAGGCUGCAGCUGCCUCUGGCUGCACUGGACACAAAAGUUCAAUGGCAGCAGCAUCCAAAAUCUGCCAUCACAGGUGAUGAAACAUCUGUAACACUGAGCCUUGAUUUCAAUAAAAGUCUGAAAAAGUAAGCACAACAAAGCACAAUAAAGCAUGAAUCUGAGCAGCUUGGAAGAUGAUUACCAAGAAAUGCUGCAUGGGAACUCACAAAUAAUAAAGACUUGCCUGUAAUCAAAACCCAGAGAGACAGAACAAGGUUUUGUCCUCCUGUAAACUGCCAUGACAUUGAUCUAUCAAGUCAUAGUUCUGCUGUGAUGGGCACAGCCUUGUUCCUGUAAAUGUGAAAACCACUUAUGCAAGGCUCUCGCACAAUGAAUUGUUACUGUCUAAUUGUAUGGUAGAGUUACCACAUGUUUUCAUCUUCCUAUUGGUAUUUUUAAAAGCUGGAUUAUGAGCCAUGACGAGAACAGCUAAUCCUGUGCCUCUACUGUCAUAAAUCCGAAAAUCUGAGAAAGGAGGAGGAGGCCACAGCUGGUUCCUUCUCAGGCUCCUACCAACACAGCAAGAUGGAACUUCUCCUGGCCAUUGUUCUCACUGUUUUGACUGCUAUUGUGGCAAUUUCUUUCUAUUAUGAACACCCCAAAGCAGAAAUUCCUCAUGGAAUCAGUGAGCGCCAAAAGCUUUGUCUUCUUCAUUACAUCAUGAACUUUGGGCUUGGUCUGGCAAAAUUUUUGGACAAAGUAGGUAUAAUCUCAGAGGUCCGUCUCCUCAGGGUUAUAAUGGAGACAAUACCACCAUUAAAGGAUACACGCCUUCUUAUCAAGGACUUAAGGUUUGAAAGGGUUGAAGUGAGAAUAUACCAGCUAAAAACAACAAACAAUAACCUAAGGAGGGGAAUUCUAUAUUUUCAUGGAGGAGUUGGCCAGCUUGGAAGUAUCCGGGCCUACGAAAGAAUGUGCCGCUAUUUCUGCAGGAAAACCAACUCAGUGGUGGUGUGUGUUGGGUAUCGUUUAGCUCCUGAGCACCCAUUUCCAGCCCAGUUUGAGGACUGUCUCACUGCUGCCAUCCACUUUCUGAGGACUGCACAAGACCAUGGAGUUGACCCUUGUCGCGUUGUCAUCUGUGGAGACAGCAGUGGAGGGACACUCACUGCUGCUGUUGCCCAAGCACUGAUGAACAGAAGAGACCUUCCAAAGCUGAGAGCACAAAUCCUAAUAUAUCCUUUUCUGCAGUGUGUGGACUUCAAUUUGCCUUCUUAUCAGCAGAAUGAGAGAGUCCCCAUUUUGCUAAAGGAACGAACCCUUGUUCUUGGCUUGAAGUAUGUUAAUGUGGACUUGGGCCUCAUUGAAGAAUUUUUUAAAGGUUGCCAUGUUUCAGAAGAUCGGAGACUGAAAUAUCAGAAGUGGGUGAGUCCUGACUACAUCCCUCAUGAGUUUAAAACAAGAGGUUACAAACCAAGUCCAACAUAUCUACCCUCAAAAGAAAUCUGUGAAAUGGCUGAGUACGUGUUUGACCCUGUUUUUUCACCACUGUUGGCUGAAGACAGUGUUAUUGCUCAGCUUCCUGAGACUUUCAUUUUAACCUGUGAAUUUGAUGUGCUUAGAGAUGAUGGACUGCUGUACAAGAAACGACUGGAGGACCAUGGUAUAAAAGUGACCUGGUGCCAUCUGCAAGAGGGGUUCCAUGGAACACUGUUCUUAGCAGCUUUUGGUAGGGUGGUAGGAUUCCGCUCUGGAACUAAAGGCCUGGAAAAGAUAGUCAAUUUUCUAAGACUGAUGUAAAAGUCCAUUUCUUGCUUUCUUUUCCUGAUUCCUAUCUGUUUUUGCUUACAAACUUAUUUUAAAAAAUCCUCAAUUUUCCUUUCCUUAAAUCAUCACCUUAAAUUUCUGCAUUGCAUCUGUCUUCUUUUUACCCACUAAGAUGACUGCAUGAUAGUUUUUGCUUGAUUUUCUCUCAGGAGCAACAAAAUCAGGUGAAUUUAUAUUUCUUUCCUCUGCCAGCUCUUCAGUUCUCUCUUGUAGCUAUUAAAGAUCCCAUCCUUAUAGCAUGGGGUUUGCAAUGUGGUCAGGUUCAGUAAAGUUCUGGUACUAUUAGAACACAAACCACAUUUGAAAACAACCUGGGGCAGGAAACAGGGUGUGAAUCUACAGGUAUAUAAAGAGUAUGGUCAAAGACUUAAGAAAGCCUGUAUCUGGUGAGAACUCAAUUUGAGACAAGCUUAAAGAGAAAUGAUUGUAGCAGGAAAAAUGUAAACAUACACAGAAAUGAAAGAAAGGGAAGAGAAGGAGAGGAAGUGAGGGAAAGGGCAGGCCUGGAACUACAGAUGUUAUAACAAGUACUGGCUAAAGAAAACAACAUCUGUUAAAAAACUCAUGCAUACAUUUUAUAUAUAGAUAAUAGAUACAUGGGAAUAUAAAGUAAUAUCAGUUCCUUUACAAAGUGUAGGCUCACAGUCCCUGAUACAGGAAGGACUCUCCCUUUGAGGGACAGUGUCAAGUGCCAUUGGGGAGAAAAGAUAAUGAUUGAGAAAAUUUAAAAAAAAAUUAAAAAUCAAAGUUCAGGUCAGUCUUAAACUGUUUACAACAAGAUACGAAUGAGCAAGGAAACCAAUACAAAAUAAAAUGGCAUGACAAAAAUGUAAAGCUAUUCUCUCAGAAAUGAA